CGCACUGACGCUUUUGCUUUCCUGCGUUGCUAGCGCGAGGAGCCAGGCCGGCGGAGGCGAUGGACGACGAGGAGGAGACCUACCGGCUGUGGAAGAUCCGGAAAACCAUCAUGCAGCUUUGUCAUGAUAGAGGCUACUUGGUGACGCAGGAUGAGUUGGACCAGACCCUGGAUGAGUUCAAAGCUCAGUUUGGGGAUAAGCCCAGCGAGGGGAGGCCACGGCGGACGGACCUCACUGUGCUGGUGGCCCACAACGACGACCCCACGGAUCAGAUGUUCGUGUUCUUCCCAGAGGAACCCAAAGUUGGGAUCAAGACCAUCAAGAUGUACUGCCAGCGAAUGCAGGAAGAAAACAUCACCCGGGCUCUCAUUGUUGUGCAGCAGGGCAUGACGCCCUCAGCCAAGCAGUCUCUGGUGGACAUGGCUCCCAAGUACAUCCUGGAGCAGUUCCUUCAACAGGAGCUCCUCAUCAACAUCACAGAACACGAGCUGGUUCCUGAGCACGUGGUCAUGACCAAGGAAGAAGUGACAGAAUUACUUGCCAGAUAUAAGCUGAGGGAGAACCAGCUUCCUCGGAUCCAGGCCGGGGACCCGGUGGCCAGGUACUUUGGAAUCAAGCGUGGCCAGGUGGUCAAGAUAAUCCGUCCCAGUGAAACCGCUGGCCGAUACAUCACCUACCGGCUGGUGCAGUAGCAACCAGGACUUACUCCAUCAGGCUAUCAGAAAUUCCUUGCGCUCUGCAGUAAGAAACUGCUUACCUGCCUAGAAACAUGUUUGUGGUAUUUCUUCUGAGGAAAGCCAAGAUGGCGUGGGUGGUACAUGAGCUGAACAUCGUGAGGCAUGCAAGCUUCUAGACCUCUUGAGGAGUGGAGUAUCUGGCACUCAGCUUAAUGUUCCACUCAGCCGGGAAAACUGGCAGCUUGAAAGUGUCUCCACAGUUGUCAAGAACUUGGCAUCAGGAUGGCAAGGCGUUUGUUUUGCUCGCAAAACUGGGAUUCCUUUUCCGGACCUGCCUGGGCUGUACCAUGGGAGGGGUCUGUCUGGCUCUGUGUGUAUUCGCCACCGAGUGUGUCAUUCCAGUAAAGCCUCAGGCAGUCUGGACUCCCAGGUUUUCCUGUUGCCUGCUCCAUAUUUCUGGAAAACCCGCUCGGCAUGAGGCACCCUUGUGGUUGUCUCAAGACUUACUUUAAUAAAAACAUU